CUCAGUUUGAGUCAAGGGUCACGAAUCGUCCCCGCCCGUCGACGCGCCCCAGCUGGUGCCACGGGAACUGGCAGUCGGCAUUCUCCAGGUGCUCGUUGAAGCCCUUGGCGAUGGCGCCCUCCUCUAUGCCGUAUCGCGCCGCCUCCUCAAGCCGGGCCCGGUGCACCACCUCACGCAGACCCGUCAGCACCACCUGCCCCCUGCCACAAACGGCGAAGCACUGCAGGGGCGGGACGGUCACCUUGACGCGCAUGUCGCCCUGCUGUUGAUAUCGCGUCCCGCCCACCACCUCCUGCUUGCCGCUCGCCCUCAGCGCCGACUUGACGAAGUGCCCGACCGCCCCACGCACACGGCGGCCGACGUCGCUGUUGCGGACGGUCAGAAUGCGGGUGAUGGUCUCGUUGGCGGCCUCCAUGUCGAGGCAGAAAGCGGCGAUCUUCCAGCCGAUGGCGGCAGACUCGUGUGGUCCGAAUGCGAGGGGCGAGGGGGCGGGGUCCUCGCCGUCGUUGUGCGCCACGAGGGGCAGCAGGUGCGUCAGCAGGGCGGCCAGCGAGCGCUGCGGCCGCAGCGCCGCGUUCACUACGGCCAUCGCCGCAGCGGGCACGUCGUUGAGCACCGCUGUGUACUGGGGCAGCACCACUUGGCGAUCGCAGCGUUUCUCUUCGGUGUCUGUGGGCAUGAGGCUGAUGUCCGCCCCGCAUCUCAGCAAGCUGCGGAUGGUGGCCUCGUGAAGGGACAUCUUGUAGGUGGCUAGGUCCCUGGUCUCUUGGUCCAUAUCGUCGUCUUGCGAGAACGCAAUCGCCGUAUUGAGCUCUUCGGCGGCGAAAGAGAGCGCCGUAUCGCCGCUGCCUGGUUCUAUCUCUCUGUUGACGAAUUCAGCAGUCACGUGGCGCCCCACAUAAUCGGCCACGCAGGGGGAGCUGUCGACAAGACCAUCAUCCACGAGGUCAUUGACAUGAGCAGGGUGCUGACGAUUUCCAAAGGCAGCAUCGUGAAGAGCCGUCCAUCCAUUAGUAGUCGCCAUCGGAUUCGCCCCGUGGGCCACCAGCAGGUCCAAAUAUGAGUCGAUGAAGGUCUGGGAAUACUUCCCUAGCUCGUCCUGCGCUGCCGAGUGGAUCAGAGUUGCCGGCCCGUCCUGCACGGCGAGUGUGGGGUCGUGUUCGAGGAGCCGACGGUAUACUGAAAGCAGCCGCUGCUCAUAGGCGGGGGACGCUGCGGUGCACUGGUACGCGAUGGUGAUGGGCAGCCCCAUGACGUGGGCGUCAUCACCAGCGGCAUACCAGCGCACCGCAGCGUUGCGCGCCAAGAGGACGCUCAGGGCCCCCUCAUUGCCAGCCCGAAUGGCCACUCUGAUGGGCCUCCCGUCCAAAUGACUCGGCGCAUUGAUGUCGGCGCCGCCGUCGAUAAGCGCGUUCAUGAUGGCCGCCUCCAGCUCACGAGAUGGCCAUCGGGGGAGCGCCACGCCCCGCACAAGAAAGGAACCCGUCACAGGUGGUCUCAGAUCGUCAGCUGCCCCGACAGUCGGCAUUGUGUUGUCGCUGAAGUUGUCAAUAACGAGCGAGAGCACCGCACCCGCAGCAUAGCCAUACGUGACAGUGCUGCCCCGCACCCGCAGCUGGGCUCCAGUGUUCGGGUCGGCGCCACGGCGCUGUAUGAGGUCCGUCACUUGCUGAUGGCGGGUGAAGGUCCGGCGGACGACACCCUCCACCAGCCGUCUGCUCGCGUCCGUGGUGCCCGGUGUGGUCCCGACCGGUGUGGUCCAGAAGACGUCGACGAUGUCGACGUCCUCGACCCACUGUGGCCGCUGGCCGUGUGCAGUGGCGGCCAU